AUGAACAGAUCCACUGAGACAGAAAAUCUCAGACAACCGCGCCAUGUGAACGAUGACGACGAUGAUAUCGCAAGAAGACGUGAAAAUCUUCGAUGUGCUCAGCAGACUAUUUUCAUUUGGUUGAAGUCUGAUCAAGCAGAUUCCCAACCAACAACUACACAACUUGAUCGUAUCGUUGACAAUGCCAAUACUUUCGAUGAUGCUGAUGAAUGUGUCGAUUUUAUCACAACCAUCACAGAUAAUCAAGUCUGUCUGAUUAUUGACGAAUCUCUUGCAAAACUCAUAUUACCUUGUGUACAUGAACUUUCUCAAAUUCAUCACAUUUUCGUCGUUGGUGCUUCGCCGACAACUGAUGACAAAUGGAUUCAACAAUGGUCGAAGGUGAAAGGUAUUUUCACGGAUAUGACACUUCUCACUGAAACAACCACACAAACAAAUAGACAAAGUGAACAGAACAACAUACCGAUCAGUUUCGGUGAGCCGGAUAAAAAACUGAAUAAACUAGAACCGAGUUUUAUGUACACACAAAUAAUGAAGGAAAUAUUAUUGGGUAUCGACUUCGGCGAACAAGACCUGAAGGAAUAUUGCAAAUAUUGCUGUGAUAUGUUUGCAGAUAACCCACGGAAGGUAAACGAUGUCCAAGAAUUUGAACGUGAUUAUUCUUUAAAAUCACCGAUAUGGUGGUACACUUGCGAAAAUUUUGUUUAUCCUAUGCUCAAUCGUGCCUUGCGAGUUAUGGAUGGAAAUAUCAUCACACGAAUGGGAUUCUUCAUUUCAGAUCUUCAUCGAAGUAUCGAACUGCUGCAUAAACAACAGUAUCUUGACAACUCAUCCCAUGGGACGUUUACAGUUUAUCGCGGUCAAGGAUUGUCUCAGACUGAUCUCGACCAUUUCGUCAAAGUCAAGCAUGGGUUAAUCGGGUUCCACAGCUUUCUAUCGACUACCCAACAGUACGAACACGCGCAUAUCCGAGCUGAGAGCAAUGCAGAGAAUCACGGUCAUGUAGGCGUUGUCUUCAUUAUGAAAAUAGAUCCAACUCAGGCAACAACACCAUUUGCUUCUAUACGAGCCUUCAGCCAUUUUCCAAAUGAGGAUGAAAUCCUUUUUUCGAUGCACACUAUAUUCCGAACAGAAAACAUACAGCCUGCCCCUAAGACUAAUCGUGUAUUACAUGUUUCCUUGUCACUUACGACUGAUAAUGAUCCCGACUUAUAUAAACUUACACAGCAUAUCAGACAAUCCCACUAUUCUUACACGCAUAGCAGAUACCAAUUAGCUGACGUGCUCAUAGCUAUUGACCAACAGGAUCGCGCAGAAGACAUUACCCAGUCUUUACUUGGAGAUGCGAGUCAUCCUAACCAAACCGCCAGCAUUAUGCUCCAGCUUGGUAUCAUAAAAACACAUAAAGGCAGCUACUCCACUGCACUUGAGUAUCAUGAAAAAGCGCUCUCAAUCGACACGGAAUCGCUUCCACCCAAUCAUCCUAGUUUAGCUGCGCCAUACUCAAACAUUGGUGUGCUGCAUCGUGCAAUGGGCAAGUACUCCACUGCACUUGAAUACCAUGAAAAAGCCUUCUCAAUCGACACGGAAUCACUUCCUCCCAAUCAUCCUCGUUUAGCUGUAUCAUACGCAAAUAUUGGUGUGCUGCAUCGUGAAAUGGGCAAGUACUCCACUGCACUUGAAUACCAUGAAAAAGCGCUUUCAAUCAAGAUGGAAUCACUUCCUCGGAUUCAUCCCGGUUUGGCCGCAUCAUACACAGAUAUUGGUCUCGUGCAUUGUGAAAUGGGCAACUACGAAAGAGCACUUGAAUAUCAUGAAAAAGCGCUUUCAAUCGACAGGGAAUCACUUCCACCCAAUCAUCCUAGUUUAGCUGCAUCAAACACAAAUAUUGGUCUGGUGCAUUGUGAAAUGGGCAACUAUUCCACUGCACUUGAAUACCAUGAAAAAGCGCUUUCAAUCGAUACGGAAUCACUUCCACCCAAUCAUCCUAGUUUAGCUGCAUCAUACACAAGCAUUGGUCUGGUGCAUUGUGAAAUGGGCAACUACGAAAGAGCACUUGAAUAUCAUGAAAAAGCGCUUUCAAUCGACAGGGAAUCACUUCCUCCGAGUCAUCCUAGUUUAGCUGUAUCAUACACAAAUAUUGGUGUGGUGCAUCGUGAAUUGGGCAAGUACUCCACUGCACUUGAAUAUCAUGAAAAGGCAGUUUCAAUCCAAACGGAAUCACUUCCACCCAAUCAUCCUAGUUUAGCUGUAUCAUACACAAAUAUUGGUGUGGUGCAUCGUGAAAUGGGCGACUACUCCACUGCACUUGAAUACCAUGAAAAGGCAGUUUCAAUCCAAACGGAAUCACUUCCACCCAAUCAUCCUAGUUUGGCUGCAUCAUACAAAAAUAUUGCUGUGGUGCAUCGUGAAAUGGGCGACUACUCCACUGCACUUGAAUACCAUGAAAAAGCGCUUUCAAUCCAGAUGGAAUCACUUCCACCCAAUCAUCCUAGUUUAGCUGUAUCAUACACAAACAUUGGUCUGGUUUAUGAUGAAAUGAGCAACUAUUCCACUGCACUUGAAUACCAUGAAAAAGCGCUUUCAAUCGACAGGGAAUCACUUCCACCCAAUCAUCCUAGUUUAGCUGCAUCAUACAAAAAUAUUGGUGUGGUGCAUUGUGAAGUGGGCAACUACGAAAAAGCACUUGAAUACCAUGAAAAAGCGCUUUCAAUCGACACGGAAUCACUUCCACCCAAUCAUCCUAGUUUAGCUGCAUCAUACACAAGCAUUGGUCUGGUGCAUUAUGAAAUGGGCAAUUACGAAAGAGCACUUGAAUACCAUGAAAAAGCGCUUUCAAUCGACAGGGAAUCACUUCCUCCGAGUCAUCCUGGUUUGGCUGCAUCAUACACAAAUAUUGGUGUGGUGCAUUGUGAAAUGGGCCACUAUUCCACUGCCCUUGAAUACCAUGAGAAAGCGCUUUCAAUCAAGACGGAAUCACUUCCUCCCAAUCAUCCUGGUUUAGCUACAUCAUACGCCAAUAUUGGUGUGGUGCAUCAUGAAAUGGGCAACUACUCUACUGCACUUGAAUAUUAUGAAAAAGCACUAGCAAUACAGACGGAAUCGCUUCGACCCAAUCAUCCUAGUUUAGCUACAUCAUACGCCAAUCUUGGACAGGUGCAUCAUGAAAUGGGCAACUACGAAAGAGCACUUCAUUACCACGAAAAAGCACUAGCAGUGAUGACGAAAUCACUUUCUCCAAAUCAUCCUAGUUUAGCUGCAUCAUACACAAAUAUUGGUCUGACGCAUCAGAAAAUGGGCAGUUACCAAAGUGCACUUAAAUCGUAUGAAAAAGCGCUAGCAAUAAAUAUUCAAGCACUUCCUGUCAAUUAUGUUAGUUUGGUUGUAACUUAUAUUCGAAUGGGUUUGGUGCAUGAGUGCAUGGCGGCUUUUGAAAAAGCGUUCCAUUACCGGCGUAGAGCGAUAAGUACGUGGGAACAGUUAGAUUAUUGUGAGGCCUUGAGAUUUUUUGAAUAUUUUGAAAGAUUCGGUACGGUUUCUAGGAAACAUGGUAAACAUGGAAAUAUUCUAGAAUCUUGUCGAAUCACCGGAGAUGAAGCGAAAAAAUGCGAGUUGAAUGGAUACUUCGGUACCAAAUGA